CAACCAGUAAAAUGGUUUAAUUACUUCUGCUUCAGAGAACACCAGGAAAAAAUAAAUGUGUGUGGAAGUUUAUACAGACAGACAAAGACACAUAUAUGCCCAAGGGGAUUUUUUUUUCUUUUCUUUCAACCAGUCUUUUAAGGCCAUAUCUGCAAGUUCCGUUUAGGAAGGAAAGGUUUAUAAGGCGAAAAACACUUCUUCAAACCAUCCUUAUUGGGAAUCCUAUGAAUCCCAGCGAUGAUGAAGGGCCUGGUUUUGAUACUAACCCUUGCCAUAAUAGCCAGCCACAUCAAUCCGAUUUAUGGUCUGGCAAUGGAAGGGCAGGUCGCCUACUUGGGAAGAUGCAAGUGUUUAAGGGACGUUCCAAAGUUUUUUAGACCCAAACAAGUGAAACGCAUUCAAGUCAUCCCCAGAGGAAUACAUUGCCGAAGAACCGAGAUUAUAGUUACUCUGAUAAAUGAAAGGAAAUAUUGUGUCGACCCUGACAGUCCUCGGGUGAUUUCAUUGCUUGAACAGUUGGCCAGGAGGUAAUUUCAAAUGGAUUUUUGGGGGGGUGAACACAUCCUUCAGAUGUCUUGACAAAACAGCUGAUCCUGCAAAUAUCAGAUUAUGUUUCCAUAUGGAUAGAUUUAAUUGUAUACGUUCAAGUGGAAAUUUCUGCAUUCCUUGGAAAAAGCUAGUGGCAGAAGGCAGACACAAGGAAAUAAUGGCUGUUUUGGAAUAAAAUUCAAGAUAUUGUGUAUUUGCUUAAAGGAAACUUAACAAUUCUAGCAAAGCUACUAUUGAAUAAUUAUACUAUGCAGCUACUCCGCAGUUACCACCCAGAGCUAUGACUUCACAGCAGUUUUGCUUCUUGUAAGUUUUUAAUAAUUAUGUUCUCCGCAUAUGAUCUCUCUCUCCCCCAAACUUCACAUAGUCCUAAUCCUGCUCAUAUCCUAGAUUCCCUCAAAUAUUUUUUUUCUAUUUUGUAUUCUACAAGAAUGUCUUGAGCUGUUUGGCUGAAAAGAAAGGGAAAUUCACAAACCAUUCAGAAGCGUGGCAGUUGAUAAAAAAUA